AUGCGCACCUCAAUCUUCCUCGCCGCAGCCCUGGCCGCCGUCGCCAAAGCAGACGACUCGAGCACAAUCAUCGGUUACUUCUCCCCAUCCUGGAGCGCAACCCUCCUCGAACUAGGCGGCUGGACAAGUACAGCAGCCAGCGUAGCCGGCAUAAAUGCCGAAGCAACAACCUACCACGUUGGCUGCCUCAAAGACGCCCCCAAAUCCGACUGCAACUACCCAGCCUCCUGGACAAUCAUCCAAGGCGCCGAGACGGUCAGCAUGACCGGCCAAUACAUCGCCUCCACCUCCGACAAGACCCAAAGCUACGAUAUCACUAUCACCCAGUCUUACGAGUGCUCGCUCAAAUCCUCCACUGAGUCUGCUAGCUGUACUAUGAGUGUUGGGAUGGGUGGGUCUUUGGAUGGCGGGAAGUACGAGUCUUCGACUACUAGUCAUGCGACGUAUACCACUGCGCCGAUUGAUGGGUCGUACUAUCAGUUGACUGUUACUGGGGGUGUGAAUUCUUUCACUGCUCCUGAGGCUACUAAGACUCCCGGUGCUGCUGCUGCUGGGCCUGCUGCUGCUUUUGUUACUGUUGCUCCUAUGAUUGCUGCUGCCGCUGUUGCUUUGCUGUAA